GAUGUUGACGAAUGCAGUGCUUCUUCUCCUGUAUGUGACAGCAAUGCCAUCUGCUCCAAUACUCGUGGAUCGUAUAUUUGUACCUGCAGGGCAGGAUAUACAGGCGAUGGAAAAACAUGCCAAGGUAGGUUUGAAAAUGUCAAGUUAACACAGAGGGUUAGGGACGUUUUUCUUUAUACCAACCAAAAACAAAUUUCACCAAUUGUCCUGUUAAAACACCCUUUGGUCUUCCCAUAUUGCAGUUUAGUGAUAUGUGUUCCUUUUUCAGAUGUUGACGAAUGCAGUGCUUCUUCUCCUGUAUGUGACAGCAAUGCCAUCUGCUCCAAUACUCGUGGAUCGUAUAUUUGUACCUGCAGGGCAGGAUAUACAGGCGAUGGAAAAACAUGCCAAGGUAGGUUUGAAAAUGUCAAGUUAACACAGAGGGUUAGGGACGUUUUUUCUUUAUACCAACCAAAAACAAAUUUCACCAAUUGUCCUGUUAAAACACCCUUUGGUCUUCCCAUAUUGCAGUUUAGUGAUAUGUGUUCCUUUUUCAGAUGUUGACGAAUGCAGUGCUUCUUCUCCUGUAUGUGACAGCAAUGCCAUCUGCUCCAAUACUCGUGGAUCGUAUAUUUGUACCUGCAGGGCAGGAUAUACAGGCGAUGGAAAAACAUGCCAAGGUAGGUUUGAAAAUGUCAAGUUAACACAGAGGGUUAGGGACGUUUUUCUUUAUACCAACCAAAAACAAAUUUCACCAAUUGUCCUGUUAAAACACCCUUUGGUCUUCCCAUAUUGCAGUUUAGUGAUAUGUGUUCCUUUUUCAGAUGUUGACGAAUGCAGUGCUUCUUCUCCUGUAUGUGACAGCAAUGCCAUCUGCUCCAAUACUCGUGGAUCGUAUAUUUGUACCUGCAGGGCAGGAUAUACAGGCGAUGGAAAAACAUGCCAAGGUAGGUUUGAAAAUGUCAAGUUAACACAGAGGGUUAGGGACGUUUUUCUUUAUACCAACCAAAAACAAAUUUCACCAAUUGUCCUGUUAAAACACCCUUUGGUCUUCCCAUAUUGCAGUUUAGUGAUAUGUGUUCCUUUUUCAGAUGUUGACGAAUGCAGUGCUUCUUCUCCUGUAUGUGACAGCAAUGCCAUCUGCUCCAAUACUCGUGGAUCGUAUAUUUGUACCUGCAGGGCAGGAUAUACAGGCGAUGGAAAAACAUGCCAAGGUAGGUUUGAAAAUGUCAAGUUAACACAGAGGGUUAGGGACGUUUUUCUUUAUACCAACCAAAAACAAAUUUCACCAAUUGUCCUGUUAAAACACCCUUUGGUCUUCCCAUAUUGCAGUUUAGUGAUAUGUGUUCCUUUUUCAGAUGUUGACGAAUGCAGUGCUUCUUCUCCUGUAUGUGACAGCAAUGCCAUCUGCUCCAAUACUCGUGGAUCGUAUAUUUGUACCUGCAGGGCAGGAUAUACAGGCGAUGGAAAAACAUGCCAAGGU